CAUCACCUCUCAUCCUAGUUGUUCCCCUUGAUUAUCACCAGCCAUUCGCUAGAGCUACCAGCCUGUCACCAGUCAUCUCAUGAAGUCACUGCCGCUACGUUUCACCAUCUCUGCAUGUCACAGAUCCGGUCCUUGCCAACUUUCCAUGCUCUGCAAAAUCAUUCGGUCUGCUCUAUCUGUCUAGUCGCCUGGACGUUUCAAUCCCCCCGCCAUUCCGUUGGUUGGGCUUGUUCACGGACUCGCUCCUCUGAUAUACUUAAUCCUCUGUCCGGCCCCGAGUCCCCUCCUGUUCUGACUCUUUUCACAUCUUUUCUGUCACUGCAUAUCAUACUGCUCAUUCCUGGAUACCCCUUUUGGUUUGCUAUUGCUUUCAUUUACCUUGUGUUUGAGGCAUCGAAUGGUUUCUCCAUAGAAAUACACACUGGUCACCCAAAACCUAAUUAUCUCAACAUAAUCAUUGACGCCUAAGUCUCAGCCAGUCUCUGGCAUAACUCACACUCAUCAUGGUAUGGCAGAUCUUUCAGUGAA